AUGCCUCUGAUUAUAUCAUACGCUAACAAUGUGCAGUCAACGGGGGCCGAGCCUCCUUUGCGCAAGUUGGAGUCCAACGACUAUACCGUUGGGUGGAUCUGUGCCCUAGAUGUCGAGUACGUUGCUGCACAAGCGCUCCUUGACGAAGUGCACGAGCGCCUAGAAUAUGCGCGUCCAGACAACAACCGUUACACAUUGGGCAGAAUUGGGAAGCACAAUGUUGCUAUCGCUAUUCCACGUUCCUUCAAGUACUCUGGUUCGGUAGCAGAGUCUAUGGUGCUCUCCUUCUCAAACCUCAGAAUUGCUCUCCUGGUCGGCAUUGGUGGCGGGGUUCCAAGCAAAAACCACGAUAUCCGUCUUGGUGACAUUGUAGUUGGCGCUCCGAAAGAUGGGCACGGCGGAUUAAUCAAAUACGGCUUUGGCGGCAAACCCCUAAAUGAGAGGUUCCAAUUCUCAGAAUUCUUGGACCAGCCGCCGCUUGUUCUACGAAGAGCACUGGCUGGACUCCGGGCCCAGUACGAGGAAGAGGGACAUCGGAUUGAAGAAACAGCCGCUAAUGUUGUUGAGAACAACAAAAGUUUAUGGCAACAGUAUAAGCGGCCGGACCAACUCAGCGACAGGCUGUACCAAGCGUCGGUCAUCCACCCAAACACCCAAGAAAGCUGCCUCCUUACCUGUGACCCACAUGCACUAAUACCGCGACUCCCACGGGACGAAGCUGAAGACACCCUGGUGAUUCAUCAUGGCAACGCAUUGCUUCGGGAUAAGAUUGCAGCAGAGAAAGACGUGUUGUGCUUUGAGACGGAAGCAGCGGGACUCAUGAACAAUUUCCCCUGCUUAGUUAUUCGUGGUAUAUGCGACUACUCAGAUUCCCACAGAAAUCAGGAGUGGCGAGGAUAUGCAGCAUUGGUAGCGGCUGCGUAUGCGAAAGACCUUCUAUAUCGGAUCGCCACCAACAAGGUUGAAGCGGAAAAAAGGAUUAGAGACAUUCUUUCAGGUAUGCAAGAAGUAGUUACUAAAGCGGAAAAAGAUGUUUAUAAACUUGUUCAUGACCAACAUAGUCGAGAACAUCAAGCCAUCCUCGACUGGCUUACACCUAUUGACUACUCACCUCAACACCACGAUUUCAUCGGCAGACGACAGGAAGGAACAGGACAGUGGCUCCUAAAGUCGCCACAGUUUCAAACAUGGCGGGAAAAUAACGGGCAAGCAUUAUUUUGUCCAGGCGCCCCUGGAGCAGGCAAAACCAUCAUCGCAGCAAUAGUGAUCAGCCAUCUAUUAGCCAAGUUUCAACAUGAGCCGCAUAUUGGCAUUGCGUACAUCUACUGCAACUUCCAGCGGCAAAAUGACCAAACUGUCGAAAAGUUACUCGCAAAUCUACUAAAGCAGCUAGCCCAGAGGCAAUCGUCUCUUCCAAAGACUAUACAUGAUCUCUAUGAGGAAUAUGAGAAAAGCGGGACGCUCCCAUCGCUUCAUCAGAUCACGGCAGCACUCCAUUCUAUAACCGCAGCAUAUGAAAGGAUCUUUUUUAUAAUUGAUGCGCUUGAUGAAUGCCAAGAUUUAGCUCGGACGAAGCUCCUCGAUGAAUUAUUCAAUCUUCAGACUACGACUGGAGCAAAUAUUCUUGCGACUUCCAGGAUUAAUGACGACAUAAAGAGACGCUUCGAUGGAUGUGCAACUGUGGAGAUCUCUGCGGCUAAUGAAGAUGUGAUAGCCUGUCUAAACGAAACGUUAUUACUCCGGCGCUCGAGUAUCAUUAACGAUGACUAUCAAAAGAAGAUCAGGGAUGUAUUGCCCAAAGCCGCUGGUGGAAGCUUCGUCUCUGCAAUUUCUUACAUGUAUACAAUUAUGAAUCAGCCUACAAGAGAAAAAAUCGAAGAAUUCCUACAGAAACUAGGCAAAGGGAUGGAAGUUCCACAGGAAUUCUACGAGCAGGCCAUGGAGAGAAUUGAAGGGCAGCCAAAUGCUAUUCGAUCUCUUGCAAAACGAACCUUGACUUGGAUUACUCACGCCAAAAGACCGCUUUCCAUCACUGAGAUCCGGCAUGCACUUGCAGUCAGGGAACAUGGGACGGAAUACGACUCUGAUGACAUGCCCGAUGCAAAGGCUCUAGAAUCUGUAUGUGCUGAGCUAGUGACUAUUGACGAAGAAAGUGGGAUUAUCCGGCUGGUGCAUCACUCAGCUCAAGAAUUCCUCCAGCAGUCACAAGAGAAGUGGUUUCCCGAGGGAGAGUCUUACAUCACGAAGAUAUGCCUCAAGUACCUGUUGUUCAAUACUUUCGACGGUGCGCUUUGCCGGACGGCCAAGGAACUUGAAGACCGUCUGAAAUUUGAUCCUUUUUAUGGCUACGCUGCAUGCAAUUGGGGACAUCAUGCUCGCGAGUCUGCGAUAACAAGCCAAGAAAUCAUGCAUUUCUUGGAGAACACGGUGAAGGUGGGGGCAUCAAGUCAGGUACUAAUAGCAGAGAGGCAUAAAUAUUUAUUACUUCAAGUAUUUAACAAUCGACAUAGAAGUCCAAUGACGGGGCUACACUUAGCAGCAUACUUUGGGCUAGAGGGAGCAGUCAACAACUUACUUCAAUGGGACAGUCCAGACUUAAAAGACAUAUAUUAUCGGACCCCCUUAUCGUGGGCUGCCGAAAAUGGCCACGCACAUGUCGUUGAACAGCUGAUAGCGACGGGACAAGUUGAGGUAGACUCGGUGGAUAUACUUAACAGGAGACCAUUGGUAUGGGCUGCAAAGGAAGGACAUGCAGAGAUCGUUCAGCUGCUGCUUGAUGGCGGCGCCAAGACUGAGAUUCGGAAUGAGCAUCAGCAAUACUAUGAGAUAUCACCACUAUUAUUUGCAGCAGAGCAGGGCCACAUAGCGGUCAUUGAGCGACUGUUUGAAGCAGGCGCUGGGAUUAGUCCUGAGUUUCAAGACUUGACUGGGCGGACACCGCUUAUAGGGGCAGUACGGGGCGGGCACAAGGCUGUGGUUGAGUUGUUGCUUGACAGCGGCGCCGACAUUGAUGCAAAGUCUCGAGUUGGGGAUUCACCAUUAUCAAUUGCAAUGGGGCUGGGUUACGACGAUAUCGCUCAGCUACUGCUUGACAGAGGCGCUGAGCCUGAGCCGCCGUGAACGACCAUGUCUCGUUCCAUCCCCGAAAACGAAUCUUGAAUAUACAAGC